AUGCUUAAGGUUAAAGUCGGGUUAAUAAGGCCCUUUAGCUGCGCUAGGCUUUAUAUUACUAAAGUAUUUUAA